AUGACCGGGAUGAUCUUGUCCAGAAUAAAGCCUGCAGUUGGUGGAGAGGCAACUGCAAGCGUAGAAAAGAAGAGGAAAAACAAGUCGAAAAAGAUCCCCCGAGUCGAAGAUUAUUUAUCACAAAGAGAUUACCUUGGAGCCCUAACAUUACUAGAGUUCCAGCGAAAUGGAGGCGUCUCAGAGGAGAAUGCAGAUCUUUGGAUUGGUUAUUGUGCCUUUCACUUGGGGGAUCACAAGAGGGCUAUGGAGGAAUACAGGGCCCUUGCGCUGAAGGCCGAGUGCCCACGGGAAGUUUGGGUGUAUCUAGGUUGUUCUCUUUUUUUCUUGGGACUGUAUAAAGAGGCUGAGGAAGCUGCACUCAAAGGGCCAAAAUGUCAACUUCAGAACCGACUUCUCUUUCAUUUGGCACAUAAGUUCAAUGAUGAGAAGAAGCUGAUGGGUUUCCAUCAGAACUUGGAGGAUGUGACAGAGGAUCAGCUUAGUUUGGCAUCCAUUCACUACAUGCGUUCUCAUUAUCAGGAGGCCAUAGACAUCUAUAAACGCAUAUUACUGCAGAACAGGGAUUACCUGGCUCUCAAUGUGUAUGUAGCUCUGUGCUACUAUAAGCUGGACUAUUAUGAUGUAUCUCAGGAAGUUUUGGCUGUGUACCUGCAGAGCGUCCCAGACUCUACCAUCGCCCUCAACCUCAAGGCCUGCAACCACUUCAGACUUUACAACGGCAAGGCAGCUGAGGCUGAACUAAAGAAUCUGAUAGACAUCUCCUCCAGUUCAUUUGAAUUUGCAAAAGAGCUUAUCAGGCACAAUCUGGUGGUGUUUCGUGGUGGGGAGGGAGCUUUGCAGGUUUUACCGCCUCUUAUUGAUGUCAUCCCCGAGGCGCGACUCAACCUGGUCAUCUACUAUCUCAGACAAGAUGAUGUGAAAGAAGCCUACAGUCUCAUCAAAGACUUGGAACCCACCACACCUCAGGAAUAUAUUCUUAAGGGAGUGGUGAAUGCUGCAUUGGGACAAGAAAUUGGAUCGAGAGACCAUUUAAAGAUUGCCCAGCAGUUUUUCCAGCUGGUUGGAGGCUCUGCCAGUGAAUGUGACACGAUACCAGGCAGGCAGUGUAUGGCUUCCUGUUUUUUUCUGCUGAAACAGUUUGAGGAUGUUCUCAUCUAUCUAAACUCAGUCAAGAGCUACUUCUUCAACGAUGAUACGUUUAAUUUUAACUACGCUCAAGCGAAGGCUGCGGUCGGAAACUACAAAGAGGCAGAGGAGGUCUUCCUGCUGAUCCAGAGUGAGAAAAUCAAGAGUGACUAUGUGUAUUUAAGCUGGCUGGCCCGAUGCUACAUUAUGAACCAGAAGGCUCGACUGGCCUGGGAGCUCUACCUGAAGAUGGAGACGUCUUCAGAGUCUUUCAGUCUCUUACAGCUCAUUGCAAAUGACUGCUACAAGAUGGGACAGUUUUUCUAUGCAGCGAAAGCGUUUGAUGCUUUGGAACGUCUUGAUCCAUGUCCAGAGUACUGGGAAGGAAAACGUGGAGCCUGUGUCGGAAUCUUUCAGCUAAUAUUAGCAGGCAGAGAGUCCAGAGAGGUACUGAAGGAAGUGGUACCUAUGUUGAGAAGCACUGGGAACCCUCAGGUGGAGUACAUCAUCCGAAUAAUGAAGAAAUGGGCCAAAGAUAACAGAUUCACCCUGUUGCAGCAUUAG